AUGGCCGAUGCACCCCGGACCGUGCUCAUCUCAGGAUGCUCCUCUGGGAUUGGCUUGGAGCUGGCAGUGCAGCUGGCUCAUGACCCCAGGCAGCGCUACCAGGUGGUGGCCACCAUGAGGGACCUGGGAAAGAAGGGGACACUGGAGGCAGCUGCUGGGAAGGCUCUGGGUCAGACCCUCACCGUGGCGCAGCUGGACGUGUGCAGUGAUGAGUCAGUGGCCCAAUGUCUCAGCUGCAUCCAGGGAGGGGAAGUGGAUGUGCUGGUGAAUAAUGCUGGAGUGGGCCUGGUGGGGCCCUUGGAAGGGCUCAGCCUAGCUGCCAUGCAGAACGUCUUUGAUACCAACUUUUUUGGGGCUGUCCGUCUGGUCAAAGCUGUGCUUCCCGGCAUGAAGAGGAGGCGACAGGGCCACAUCGUGGUGGUCAGCAGCGUCAUGGGGCUGCAGGGUGUCGUGUUCAACGAAGUCUAUGCGGCCUCCAAGUUUGCCAUGGAGGGGUUCUUCGAAAGUCUGGCUGUCCAGCUGCUACAGUUCAACAUCUUCAUCUCCCUGGUGGAGCCAGGCCCGGUUGUCACAGAGUUUGAGGGCAAGCUCCUAGAGCAGGUUUCCACAGCCGAGUUCCCAGGCACCGACCCUGACACGCUGAGCUACUUUCGAGAUCUGUACCUCCCAGCCUCCAGGGAGCUCUUUCACAACGUGGGACAGAGCCCAAAGGAUGUAGCCAAGGUCAUCGUCAAGGUCAUCGGCUCGGCCAGACCACCCUUGCGCCGACAGACCAACACCCACUACACUCCACUGACCGCGCUCAAGGCUAUGGACCCCUCCGGCAGCCUGUAUGUGCGAACUUCCCACCGCCUGCUCUUCCGCUGGCCACGCCUUCUCAAGCUUGGCCUUCGGUGCCUGGCCUGCAGCUGCUUCCGCACCCCAGUGUGGCCCCGAUGA